ACGCAAAUACGAAGUCCAAACACUGAGUGAGUGUGCAGACAAAAAAACUAAAAGACACACUGGAACUUUAAGCAACAAUUUUGCUAAACAUUAAAGAAAAUAAAUAAAACAACAUAAAACUUCAGCAGUAAAAUGACAGAUCAAAGUAUGCUGGACAAUACCACAGUGCCCCCUGUAGUGCCCACAAAUCCUCAUGAAAUGGCUUUGCAGUCAUUAUGCAAACAACUUUUAAAAUCUCGAUUAUUUAGAGGCUUCUAUGUGGAAAGACGUUACGUGGAAAAUGUCAAAGGUUAUCGAGAUAUAGUGAGUCUACAAAAGAGCGAAAGAAGUCUGGACAAAAUGCUAAGAGACAUACGCGACAAACUGCAACUGUUCUACAGUCAUCAAAAUCCUCUAAUGUGGAUUGGUGUUACCAGCGGGCCACUGACUGGCAUUAGUACGCCACAGCCGGCAGCUUUAGAAACUCAUUUAUGGGUGGAAAUGAAAGAUUUAGCCUUUGGCCAGUAUUGGUUUAGCAUAAAAAGUAUACGUUUUCGUGAUAAUGAAAUCUUAUUAAAACUAAAAGAAGUACAACCCGUAGAAGAGGAAGACACUCCCAAAUGGGCACCCAGUAUAGCCAGUACAAAGGCAAUUUGUGAUAAAACCCAAGACUCUUUAGAAACAUCCUCAUCCAACUCACUGACCGUCCCCCCCACCGCCUCAGCAUUAGAAAGUCAAAUAACUUUUGAUGAUUUCAUGUUGUUAUUGCAACAAUGGUGGGCCACCAGCAAACAAACUGUGUACGAUUUCAUGGCUCAAGACAUUUCCAAAGAAAACAUUAAGGGCCUCUUAAGAUUUUUGGGUCUACUCAUUGUUUCCCUACUAUCGGCGGCUCUAGUGGGUGUUAAAUACCUGGGAGUAUUUACUCUACGUUUUAUGUUCGAACUAAGUCGUCUCACGCAUGUCUUAACGCCGAUCAUUUUCAAAAUAAUCGAAGUGUUUAAUAAAGUAAUUGGUGGCUUUUACAUACUUUUGGCUAUGAUCUGGAAGGAUGCUGUGGUCAAUCGUAAUCAACCGAAACAUAAUGCUCUGGAGUACAAUCGUCCCAUGUACAAAAGUAUAGAGUAUGAUGUAAGACAACGGCGUCAGGGCUCAUCGACGGAUUUUAACAAAUCUUUUCAAUAGAUUUUUUAAGCAAUUUUAAAAUUUCGACUUGGAAAUGAUAUUUAGAAUUCUGGACAAUUCUGAUUAUAACAAGAUCGCACACUUUUAGUUUCCUCUUUCUCAACUAUAAUAAAAAAGACUCCAGCAAUUUAUUAUCACUCCAGAUAUUAUUUUCUUUAUUUAUUAAAUAUAACAUAAUAUUUAUAAAAUUUUAAAAACGAAAAUCAUUAGGCAAUCUUUUAUACAAUUCAAUAUAUUUCGGAAAGUUUCGAAAUAAAAUUUGAUGAUUAGAAAUUUAGUUCCUUCCAUAUAAGUUUUGCAGGAAAAUCUAAAAAUUAUGGUUUCCGGUAAACUCUGGUUUAAAUCUGCAAAUCUGAAAAAAAUAAUAUAAUUGCAUUUAGUUUAAUUAAUAUCCGUUUUAUUCAAAUGAAAUCUCUUUAUUGUAACUUCAAUUUAAAACAAACAAAAAUUAAUAAUUGUUGGUAUAAAUUUUAUUUUCUGUAAUUUGAAAAUUACUUAAGAGAGUUUUUUUUAAAUUAUUGCGAGAUUUCAUAAAUAUUUUAUUUAUUAAAAAUGUAUUUCAAUUGAUUAUAAUUUAAGUAACUCUAUGUCGUCUGUAUGUCAUUUCUUUAUAAUUUUUAAAAACUAUACUAAUUUAUAUUUAAUUAAUAUAUAUAAAGUAAGCAUAGUUUUAUAAUAAACAAACUUUAUAUAACUGCUUUGUUCCCGUAUAUGUCAGAAUUAGUAAAACAAAUAGAAUUUUAACUACAGCUAGGAACACAGCAUAAUAUAAACAGGGAAUUCUUUUUCGCAUUACUAUUCGAAAAUUAAAAUUUUGCGAAUCAAAAAUUCGAACAUUGUCAUUUUCGUAUUAAUUUACGGAGCAGAUUCCAAGGUUUUCAGGCAUGUGGGGAAAAUUUAUUUGGACAAAUAUCAUGUUUCAAUUACUUUUAAAAAUUCUUUAGAUUUGCAAAAUUUAAUUACUUUAUUAAUUUGAAUGAUUUUCUUCACAAGUCCGAUUAUUUUUCUCCAAGUAUAGAUAAAUUUUAUAUAUAUUUUUUAUACCAAAACUAAUAUACUUACUAUUAUUUCUUAGAAUAUUCAUUUUAUUUGCACUUGCCCAUGUAACUAGUUAAGAAAAUCCCAUAUUUCAUUAUUCAAAAUCCUAUUAUAUUUUUAAAAUAAUAUUGACACACAAAUAUUUAAAAUCGUAUUUUUUUUAAUAUGUCAUUUAGGUCCAUUAUAAUACAAAUUUAACUUAAAGUUAGCACCAACUAUAGGUCUUAAUAUAGAUAAUUUUGUGUGUAACAUUUAACUUUAUUUUUGUAACUAUUAAGUUGUAGUUAAAUUUAACCACAAAAUUUAUUUUGAUUACAUUUUUAAUUCAUAAUUUUUUUUAAAUUAUGAGCUUUAGUUAGUGCUAACUUUAAGUUAAGUUUUUAAUGUUAAUUAGGGUUAAUUAUUAAUUAUGAUAUAAAAAAAAAACAAAAUUAUACAAUAAUAAAUAUAAAAUUUAACUUUUAUAAAAAGUCUAAGUAGAUUGGUUAAGGUUAUCAAAUUUUAAACAUAUGUAUGCAAACAAUGUAUGCCCAUAAUUUCAACAAAUAGAUAUCUGCGAUGUAAAAUACCCAGCAGAUAUAUUUAUAUCUACGGUUAAAAAUUACCAAAUUUUUACUCCAUAAGUAGCUAAGCACUGAUAGAUAUAUAUUUGUUGAAAUUACGGGCAUAAGACUUAACCAUGUUUAAAAUAUUGAUAAGUUAUAAAGCCUAAAAAAAAUAUAUACAGCCCUAUUAUGAAUAAAAAAUUCCCCGGGAGUUUGUUCCCUGGAAGUUUUUUCCCAUUAAAUUUGAAUAGGAAAAAUGAGAAAAGGGAAAAAACUCCCGUGGAGUUUUUAUUCAUAAUUGGGCUGAUAAAUAAAACAUAUUUAUUAGAAAAUUUAUUAAGGUGCUUUGACAAAUUGUUUAAUUCGAUACAAUCAUAUUAGUUAAGAUUAAAAAAUUGUUAAUAAAAAUUUUAAAUGUUGUAAUUCAUUUAUAUAAAUUCCGAAA